AUGAGUGACACAUUAUUUGGGUUCAACAGAUCAAACGUCGUCCUCGCAGCAGGUCUCGCCGGGGCUGCUUUCCUUGGGUACUGCAUCUAUUUUGAUCACAAGCGCAUCACCGCUCCGGAUUACAAGGAUAAAAUCAGACAAAAACGUCGGGCAAAACUCGGAGGUGGCGCGGCGAGACGUGCUCCAGCUUCUGGAAUGGGUGAUGUCAGUAUGCCGGACGUUACUGAUCCAAAUGCGAUGCAAGCUUUCUUCUUGCAAGAAGUCCAGCUCGGAGAAGAGCUCAUGGGAGCCGGAAACACUGAACAAGGAGCAAUUCACAUCGCCAACGCAGUGAUGCUCUGUGGACAAUCUCAACAGCUCUUGGCCAUAUUCCAGCAAACGCUCACAGAGGAGCAAUAUAGAGCUGUGCUGCACCAACUUCCAAACACUCGCGAACGUCUCGCAAAUCUGUUUGAAAGUAAGGCGAAUGAAGCGGAUGACGAGCCGCCAGUCAUUCAGUACGUCGGAGAAGGACCACCACCAGGCGCUAUCCAGGAAUUGAUCGACGACACUGACGACUUGGAGUAA